UUUGGCUUCCAAAACAUUGCCACAGAAAUUACGCCAGACUUUGGACUCGGCUAUAAGGAUUGUAAACUGCAUCAUGAGCAACGCUUUGAACAGUCGGUUAUUUACUUUACUUUGCGAGGAUCUCGAUACUGAUCACAAAUACACUGGCUGUCCAAAGGCACCAUGUUGGCUCGCCUUUAUGAAUUGAAAGAAGAGGUAAUUCUUUU